CCCAGAGUUGUGGCGUUCUCAACACAUCUAGACAAAAUGUCAUUUAGCGGAUCUUAUGGCGGAGGCCGUGGUGGCGGCGUAAGUUCAACAACAAUGAUGGUUGAGUCUUCAAAUGUGGGAAAGAUCAUAGGUCGUGGUGGAAGUAAAAUCAGAGAUCUAGAACAAGACAGUAAUGCCGGAAUCAAAAUAUCCAGAGAUGAGGAUGAGGAUGGAAUGAAAUCUGUUGAAAUCAGUGGAACAACGGAAGAGAUUGAAAAUGCCAAGAGACUAAUUGAAGAAUGCCUUAGUGGUGGAAGCCGUGGUGGUGGUGGCGGCAGUGGUAGAGGCUUUGGAGGUGAUGGUGGUGGUGAAUCUGAAACAAUUUAUGUUGAGUCAUCUGAAGUAGACAGAAUCAUCGGUCGUGGUGGAAGCAGAAUACGAGACAUGGAAGCAGACAGUGGUUGUCGGAUAAAGGUGUCACGUGAUGGCGACUCAUCUGGUAGAAGUUCUGUUGAGUUAUCUGGGAGCAAAUACGCUAUUUCUGAAGCAAAAACGCUUAUUCAAGAUGCUGGAGUUGAAAUUGUUAAUGGAAAUGAACGUGGCCGUGGUUGGUGAUUUAUUCAACUAUUUUCAGCAGAUAAAAGCAUCAAGGACUCACAAGAUUUUCAUCCAAGUUGCAAUGUCAUAAUUUUUUUUAUACUUUU